AUGUGUCUGGGCGUCUCUCACUGUCUGUGCGGUGGAGUGAAAGGCAGCAGGGGAGACACAGGUUUUCCAGGCGUUGCAGGUCCCCCAGGGCCAAAGGGCCGUCCAGGAUCCGAUGGUCAUCCUGGGCCUUCGGGACCAAAGGGCAACACUGGGCCUGAUGGACCUGUGGGGCCAAAAGGCGAUCAGGGACCCGAAGGCAAAGAAGGAUUUGCUGGGUCUCACGGUUUACCGGGUGUCCCAGGUGUACAAGGCCCUCCAGGACCCCCAGGGGCACCAGGCUGCAAUGGAACGGAUGGAGAGGAUGGACCGCCUGGUAUUCCCGGGGCCCCGGGUCUUGAUGGACCUGCAGGUCCACCUGGCCGGCCUGGACCUAAGGGUGAAUCUUUGGGAUCAGUGGAUGCAUCACCAGGGCCUGCUGGGCCACGUGGGAGGGACGGAGAGACGGGCUAUCCAGGUAUUCCCGGAGAGCGGGGACUACCAGGGGACCCUGGACCAAGGGGCUCAAGCGGUUUUUCUGGCCGUGCUGGGGCAGAUGGAUCUAAGGGUCAAGAAGGCAUAGGCGGUAUCCCAGGACCUCGUGGACCACAGGGAAGACCAGGACCAAGAGGGCCACCGGGGCCACCAGGUCGGAUCAAUGAGUUUUUCACCGGGAGUCUCCCGUUAAAGGGUGAAAAGGGAAACAGAGGAGACGUAGGAGAAAAGGGCUGCAUGGGUGCACCAGGAGACCCUGGUAAUGGCCAUUACACCAAAGGAGCAAAGGGAGACCAAGGACCGGAGGGUCCAGAAGGAAAGCCAGGGAAGGAUGGUGAUCCUGGACGAGCAUUAAGGGGAAGACCUGGCAUUCCAGGGGAUCCAGGAUAUCAAGGAACACCAGGAGGGACGGUCAGUGAUCUGGUGAAAAGGGAGAUAGGGGCCCCCCUGGUCCAGCUGGAGAUGUGA